AUGGCCCUCUCCGUUCCCCGCUCCCGCCUCUUAGACCUCCUCAAGCAACAGGCCCAAUGCCGCAUCUUCUCCCACACCUACAACCCCGAACGUCAACGACUGGGCAACAAAGUCCUCCGCCAGCGCCUGCGCGGGCCCGCCUUGGCAUCCUACUACCCGCAGCGAAUAGGCACGCUGAAGGAGCUCGGCAAGGCGUAUGAGCAUCUGGGACUGCGGAUGGUGGAUUAUGAGGAAGGGGAGAGGUUGGAGGUCAUUGAGAGGUUGAAGAGUCGUGGGAAGGGGAAUCCGAAGAAGAGGAGGACUGCUGCUGAGUCGAGAUCGGCGAAGAAGAGAGGUUAG